UGCAAAAGAGUAGGAUAGACAUAUUCAGAUCUUUAGAGAAAGAAAGAGAUGUGAAUUUCGAUUUUAUGAUAUUUUUCUGAUCUAAAAGGUGUGUCAGCGCCAUUAAUAAAUAAAUAAAUGAUGAUAUUUUGUCUUCUUUUUUUUUUAGUCAUAAAGCAGUUUAUAGUGAUUCUUUUGUUCGUUUAAUUUAAAUUAGAAGGUCAGUAGAUUGAGAAUCACUGGAUGAUUGUCUGAAGAAGAGGUCCAUUUGGUAUAGACGAUGGAGGCAAUGAAUGUGAGUGAAACAGGUAGAUGAGGAAUUCCUCAUGAUCAUAAGCCGGUUGAUUGUGUUGGUUGGGUUUGUUGUCAGUUCUUGGAGUCUUUCAGGUGCUCUCGAGUGUGUUUAGUCGCCGUGCAAUUUUCCCAGGUGUUUUGGAUGUGGAAAAGUGGGUGGAAAAUUGUAUAAAUAGUGCCAAGUGCCAUUGAAUCUUUUCAAUGUCCUCCGGAUGAGUUGAAAAUUCUGCCCAAAUAUCGAGUGGGAAUAGAUGGAAUUUGUGAGUGUCAUCCACUUCUUGACGAGUGCUCUAGCUUCGUGUUCGUGCUUUGGCUUUUGUGCUUCGUACCUGAGUUUGUGUGUUUCUAGCAUUUUAUGACUACUCUCCUGUCCCAAUACACACAAAAACCUCUUCAGCGUGUUAUUUUGAUUUUCCUCCACCUUCAUUCACAAUUUCUCGAGGAAUUUUCCAGCGCAAGAGGAUGAGUUCUCGCGCCCAGGCCACCAACAAUUUACUGCUUGGCGAUAAGGCUCUGGCUGGAUUGCCACAGCUCCUGGAUGACUUACAGCGCCUGUCUGAGGAUCAGGACAGUGCGGAUGUUGUGUUUCUCGUGGGACGCGAGGAAGAAAGGAUUUAUGCUCAUCGGAUUAUCAUGAUGGCCAGGUGUAAAAGCUUCCAGACGCUCAAACGUGGAGAGAUUUGUCGUAUUCCGGGAUGCAGUGUCCUACCAGCAGCUCCUGGCACUCCCAUUCCCAUCCGAUUGCCUCAUUUGAGUCCCGAAGUCUUUCGUCAAUUCAUCUUGUACGUUUACACAGGAAAGAUCCUCCUGCAAGACUCCAUCUUCGAGAUGAUGUCCAUGGCAAAGGAUUUGGGCGUUGAAGAGCUUCAAACAGCCUGCGAGGAUCACGUUGUAUCGACUCUUUCAGUGGCAAAUGCCUGCACCUUCCUCACAGCUGUUAUGGAAAUCCAGGAAAAGGCAACAGGCGCCAAAUGCACAGCCUUUAUGGAGAGAUGCGUGAGCUAUAUUGGGGAGAAUGCUGCUGAGUGUGUGAAGACAAAUGCCUUCCUCAAUCUCACCAAGGAGGGUUUGAUAAAGCUCAUCUCGUCAGAUUAUUUCUGCCUGGAAGAGGAGGAUGUCUGGCGAUGUGUGUUGGCAUGGGCAAAGAACCAAGCCGGAGUGACCCAACCAACAGCUCACUGGACAGAAGAAGAACGUGUCCGGGUGUGUCAGCAUCUUUCAGGCGUUAUCAGCCAUGUGCGUCUCCUCCAGAUCGACAGCAAGGUCUUUGCGGAGGAAGUUGAACCAACAGGAGCUGUUCCCAUGGAACUAUCCCUCGAGAGAUAUCGCUUUGCUGCCCUAAGCUCUGCCAAAGCACCAGCAAAUCCUCCAGCUGCACAUCCAGUCCCCCCCGGUGAGCCAGACAAGCGCCUUCAGCCGCGUCUUCUGCUCAAUCUCUUUCCAGGUUCAGCCAUUCUCAAGAGUGACAAGCUCCACCUUCAGAGUGUCCUCAAUGGAUGGUUCGGAUCGCCCAAGCAAAUGUGGAAGUUGAAUUUCCGGGCGUCAGCUCAUGGCUUCUCAGCCGUUUCCUUCCACAGGCAUUGCGAUGGCGUGGCUCCGACCAUGGUGAUUGCCCUAGGGGCACGUGGAGAGAUCUCCGGCGGGUACAGUGAUGUUCCAUGGGCCAAGAACAGCCGCAAGGGAGGAUACAUUCACUCAGAAAAGGCUUUUCUCUUCACCCUGGCUGGCAGUGGCCAGGACAAUCCAGUGAAAUUUGACAUUGUGAAGAAGCCCUAUGCCAUCUGCUACCAUCCAGAAUGUGGCCCUAUUUUUGGCGCCGGAGCAGAUUUGCUCAUCUCCAACAGUUGCAGCUCCAACAUGGAUUCCUACUCCAAUCUUCCCCAUUCCUACGAUGGCCCUGGAGCCAGCUGUACCAGCAUGUUUGGAGACUACAACUUCACCAUUGUGGACUAUGAGGUUUACACUCCAGCCCCAUCUUCGGAUUCUGCUCCCGGGAAGAGAUGAGCCUUUCCCGCGCAAAAAAACAGCCGCACGGGCCGCACGACUUUUGCCUAUUUUAGGGCGUUUUUCUGAGAUUUGAAAUAAACGUUUGUGAACAUUUACAAAAA